GGCCGCCAUCUCCAGGACGCGUCUCUGUAAACUCGUGCGAUGCUGGAACCGCUGCUUCCGGAGGAAGUGCCGAGCGGCGGUAAAAUCCGUGAUCUUCUACUGGAUUGUGGUUCUCCUGGUCUUCCUCAACACGGCCACCAUUGCCUCAGAGCACUACAAGCAGCCUCAGUGGUUGACCCAGGCGCAGGACAUCGCCAAUAAGGUGCUGCUGGGCCUGUUCACCUGCGAGAUGCUGCUGAAGAUGUACAGCUUGGGGCUCAGCGCCUACUUCAUCUCCUUCUUCAACCGUUUUGACUGCUUCGUGGUGUGCGGGGGCAUCGCCGAGACCAUCCUGGUCGAAUUUCAGAUCAUGUCGCCACUGGGGAUCUCCGUCCUCCGCUGCGUGCGGCUCCUGCGCAUCUUCAAGUUCACCAGGCAUUGGUCAGCCCUCAGUAAUCUAGUUGCCUCCCUCCUCAACUCAAUGAAGUCCAUUGCCUCCCUCCUCCUGCUGCUGUUCCUCUUCAUCAUCAUCUUCUCGCUGCUUGGGAUGCAGGUCUUUGGGGGCAAAUUCAACUUUGAUGACACUCAGACCAAGCGCAGCACCUUCGACACCUUCCCGCAGGCUCUGCUCACGGUCUUCCAGAUCCUCACUGGAGAGGACUGGAAUGUGGUCAUGUAUGACGGGAUCAUGGCGUUCGGAGGCCCCCACUUCCCGGGAAUGCUGGUCUCCAUCUAUUUCAUCAUCCUCUUUAUCUGUGGCAACUACAUCCUGCUCAAUGUGUUCCUCGCCAUUGCCGUGGACAAUCUCGCGGACGCGGAUACCGGUGAUGGAAGCAAGGGGAAGUCGAGGAAGAGCAAAAACGGAGCGAACACGAAGGAUCCGGCUGAGCACUCGGACCAGGAGAGGGAGGCCAGCGAUGCUGCGGGAGGAGGGGAAGGCGAGGAAGAGGAGGACGAGGAGGAGGGUCACGCGGAGAGUCUGGUGGGCUCCACAGCUGAGGGUCUCGCCAACUUUGCUCCCCCGAAGGAGAAGGUUCUCCCCAUCCCAGCGGGCAGUGCGUUCUUCCUGCUCAGCUCCACCAACCCGAUCCGUGUGGCAUGCCACAGGCUCAUCCACCACCACGUCUUCACCAACCUCAUCCUGGUCUUCAUCAUCCUGAGCAGCAUCUCGCUGGCAGCCGAGGAUCCCAUCCGGGCUCACUCUUUCCGGAACCUCGUACUGGGUUACUUCGACUACGCAUUCACAUCAAUCUUCACGGUGGAGAUCUUGCUGAAGAUGACGACGUUCGGAGCGUUUUUACACAAAGGGUCAUUCUGUCGAAAUGCAUUCAAUCUCCUGGACUUGCUGGUCGUCAGCGUCUCCCUCAUCUCCUUCUGGCUUCAGUCGAGUGCGAUAUCUGUUGUGAAAAUUCUACGUGUUCUACGGGUCCUCCGUCCCCUCAGAGCGAUAAACCGAGCCAAGGGACUGAAG